AUGACUAAUGCUGGCGGCAAAUUAGACAAAGAUUUAUGGACCGAUAUUACUAAGUUAAAAAAAUUAAAUACAACAACUGAGCCCAAAUUCAUACUUGAAUCACAACCAUUUAAUUCUGACGACGAAGACGAAGCUUCUGCUACUUCAAAAGACAUCAUCGUCACUGGCCGUAUAUUUCCAAAUUCAGAUAUAUAUAAAAAUGGUUCAUAUAACAUUGAAAUGAAACUAACACCAACGUUUCCAUUCGAUCCGCCUGAAGUACGUUUUCUUACUAAAAUUUAUCAUCCAAAUGUUGGACAAGAUGGCAAACUUUGCCAUGAACUGUUGAAUAAAAAAGGCAAAUGGUCAGCAAAAAUUUCUUUAGUUGAUGUUGUUAAAGCUGUCACGACACAUGUCGAUGAACCUAAUAUUGAUUAUGCACUUAGUCUUGAACUUGGUCGUGAAUAUAUGUCCAAUCGAGAUGAAUUCAAUCGAAAAGCAACCGAUUUUGUUACAAAGUAUGCUUUACCACGCUCUUGA